UGGUGGUGGUGGUGGUUCCAGAGCUUAACCGAAUCCAUUUUUUGAAUAAAAUGGGGGCGGCUUUGGGACUGAUGCGACGGAUUCAUCCUAAGCACUCGGAGAUGGCUCUCUCCACACUGCUUGGCCUCUUGCCUCACCUCUCCUCUGAUCACCUCUCUCAAGUCAAUCAACCUAUCUAGGGUGUGGUGUGGAGAUGUUUAGCCCCGACUCGCGUUUGGUUGCCGUGAAGGUUUAGGAAAAUGAAAGAAAAUUCAAUUUGAAUUUUGAAUUUUUGUAGGGUGAUAUUGAAGCCGCCUAGUCCUAGCACUUGUAUUAGUAUAAAAAUUCAAUUUUGUCACCACUGUUACUGUUGAUUUGCUUGGAAGUUUCUAGCAGUGUUGAUGGAUUUUAAAAUUUUACACUUUCUACUUUCUCUCUCUAUCAGCAUGUAAGCGUCUAAUAUUAUCUGUAUAUUUGACUGAAAUUUAUAGAAAUGGACGGUGUUGAUGAUUCGAAGAAGAAUCUGGAAGAGGAAAUUUUCAAAAACCCUUACCCUUUGUUUGGUUGUAGAGAAAACCGAGAGGAAAUUGAUAGGGGGAGAAAUUUUCAUGAUUGUGUGUCGUAUUUUCUUCUGGUUUUCUGAAAAUGAAAAUUCCCUCUCAACUAAUGUCAAGUGCUUAUAAUAGAAAAUUUGAUGUCUUAGCAGCACUAUGGUUAGUGAGAAUGUGGUAUCUGAAAUAGCACAAAGUGGGCAAGAGGAGCAAAACAAUGAAACCUAGAAGGAGAGUGGGGCUUCGAAGCCCUAGCCGGAGGAGGAUUCAAAGUCUGGACAUAAUGACCUCAUGCUCAAGUCUGUUGAUCCAAACAACCAGUAAUUUGAGUGGAAGAAGCAGAUGUUUACAGUUUUGGAAUUGUUGCCUUGGAAAUUGUCAGUGGAAGAAGCAACACUACUUAUAGGCCAAAAGAGGAAUGCAUCUAUCGUCUUGAUUGGGUCCAAUUCCAAGCUCCUUUGGAAACUUUUGCAACUUAAAAUAUCUGGAUUUGAGUUUUAAUUACUUGAAUGGAAGUUUACCUAAGAUUAUCAAGGGAAUUGAAACCUGCAGUUCUAAAAGUCCUUUGCCUAAUUUGACGGAGUUAUACUUGUAUGACAAUCAAUUGAUGGGAAAAUUGCCAAAUUGGUUGGGUGAGCUUAAAAAUCUUAGGAGCCUCCAUUUAUCAAUCAACAAACUUGAAGGUCCCAUCCCUGCUUCUUUAUGGACAUUGCAACACCUGGAGUCCCUGUCCCUUAGAAUGAAUGAGCUGAAUGGAAGUCUCCCAAAUAGUAUUGGACAACUUUCUCUAUUGCAACAAUUGGAUGUUUCUUACAAUGAUUUGAGUGGAAGUCUCCCAGAUAGUAUUGGACAGCUUUCAGAAUUGCAAGUCUUGGAUGUUGAUUCCAAUCAAUUGAGUGGAAGUCUUUCUGAACAACAUUUUUGGAAGCUAAGUAAGUUGGAGUAUCUAUACAUGGACUCCAAUUCUUUCUUUUUGAAUGUUAGUCCCAAUUGGGUUCCUCCUUUCCAGGUGAAACUUCUUUAUAUGGGUUCAUGCCACUUGGGUCCUUCAUUUCCGAUUUGGCUUCAAUCUUAGAAGAACCUCCAGUAUCUUGAUUUCUCAAAUGCUAGCAUUUCAAGUCGUAUUCCAAAUUGGUUUUGGAAUAUUUCUUUUAAUCUGCGGGGCUUAAAUCUUUCUCACAAUCAGUUACAAGGUCAGUUACCAAAUUCAUUGAAUUUUUCUUCUCCUUUUCUCUCACAGAUCGAUUUCAGUUCCAACCUCUUUGAAGGACCUAUUCCUUAUUCAAUCAAAGGGGUCGAAUUUCUAGAUCUCUCCCAUAAUAAAUUUUCUGGCCCUAUCCCACUUAGCAGAGAUGAAUCCUUGUUAGACUUGAGAUACUUUCUUCUUUCUCAUAAUCAAAUAACAGGGCCCAUCCCAUCAAACAUAGGUGAAUCCAUGCCCAAUUUGUUUUUCCUUUCUCUUUCGAGUAAUCAAAUAACAGGGACCAUCCCGGAUUCCAUAGGACACCUCCCCUAUCUUCAUGUCAUUGAUUUUUCAAGGAAUUUGACUGGAAGCAUUCCUUCUACCAUAAAUAAUUGCUCUGCCCUAAUUGUUUUAGACCUUGGAAAUAACAAUUUGUCUGGGAUGAUACCAAAGUCAUUAGGUCGGUUACAAUUGCUCCAAUCACUACACCUGAACGACAACAAGCUUUCAAGAGAGCUUCCCUCAUCUUUCCAAAAUUUAUCAAGUUUGGAACUCCUUGAUCUCAGUUAUAACGAAUUAUCGGGUAAGGUUCCAUCAUGGAUUGGAACUGCUUUCAUAAAUCUUGUAAUACUCAACUUGAGGUCGAAUGCAUUUUUUGGAAGACUUCCCGACCGACUUUCAAAUUUAAGCUCCCUACAUGUCUUAGACCUUGCACAAAACAAUUUGAUUGGUAAAAUUCCAGUCACUUUGGUGGAGCUUAAAGCCAUGGCUCAGGAGCAUAACAUGGAUAUGAAUUCUUUGGAUCACAAUGGGACUGUCUCUCGGUAUGAUGAAAGAUUGAUUGUGAUUACAAAAGGCCAAAGUCUUGAAUACACCAGGACUCUUUCUCUUGUUGUUAGCAUCGAUCUAUCCGACAAUAAUUUAAGUGGAGAGUUUCCUGAGGGAAUAACAAAAUUGUCUGGUUUAGUGUUUCUAAACUUGUCCAUGAAUCACAUCAUUGGUCAAAUUCCUGGAAGCAUUUCAAUGUUAUGUCAAUUGUCCUCUCUUGAUCUAUCAAGCAAUAAGCUUUCUGGCACCAUUCCUUCAAGCAUGCCCUCGUUAACAUUCUUGGGUUAUUUGAAUCUAUCAAAUAAUAAUUUCUCUGGUAAGAUCCCCUUUACAGGGCAAAUGACAACUUUCACAGAGUUGGCCUUUAUUGGAAACCCGAAUCUUUGUGGAACUCCACUAGUCACAAAAUGUCAGGAUGAAGAUCUAGAUAAAAGGCAAAGUGUUCUUGAGGACAAAAUUGAUGGUGGCUAUAUUGAUCAAUGGUUUUACUUGAGCAUUGGCUUGGGAUUUGCAGUGGGCAUUUUAGUUCCAUAUUUUGUUUUGGCAAUAAGAAGAUCUUGGUGUGAUGCCUAUUUUGAUUUUGUGGACAAAAUUGUCAAAUGGCUACUAUUCAAAAGAAGAGUGACUUAUGCCAAAAAAUGAUGU